CUCAUUCCUCUCAAGUCUCAAGUUAAUGAAUAAGAAAAUGGCUGAAGGUCAAGGGAAACUAGCAGUGAGGAUUGAAGAAAAGCGCCGAGUCCCUACAACCAGAGCCAGAGGACGCGUCAAGAGAAGGAUGCUUGUCUUCGUGUACCGAAAACUGAAGCUGGGGAGCCUGCAUGCCAUUCAUUACCUUCUUAGCAACUCCUCUUACAACAGUUAGCCAUCUUCUGAUUUCCAGUUGCUUAUGUAUAUAUCCAAACGCGUGCUCAAUAAGAUUCUGAUUAUGUUUCUCUCUUUUCUCAAAUGACUUCUUAAUUAUACAUAUGUUUAUGUUAGUAGAUGGGCAAUAAUAUUUUCUAUUUCUUCUCCCCUGUUUAAUCAAGUAGUAAAGUACUC